AUGAUUUUGUCCCGCCCUUGCACAACAGAUGCCACCACCGGGGCCUUGAUCCCCUACAUACAGCCAGCCUACAACAUCGGCACCCUCUUCGUAGCCCUCGUGUACCUGGUAAACUUUGCCGGCUGGCUCACCGCCGCCUUCACCGUCGCGCACGUCACCUCCUUCCUCGGCAUGGGCGCGACCUUUAUGGGCGCCCAGGUCAACACUUUUGCCGCGGGGCUGCAAAACGCCCACCGCUGGCUCGGCGUCGUGCACGCCGCCUACGGCUUCGGCGCCUUCAUCACGCCCAUGGUGGCCACGACGCUCGCUUCGAAAACGACGUACUGGCACUACUACUACCUCGUCUUGCUCGGCGCCUCCGUGGCGAACAUGGGCCUCCUGUUCUUUGCGUUCCGCCGCGAGCUGUUGAAGAGGCCGACGGCGCGUAAUGCCGGGGAGCAGAUGAAGAAGGCGCUCUCGCAGAGGAGUGUUUGGAUUUUGAGCAUGUUUUGGUUUUUGUACGUUGGGGCCGAGGUCACCGUAGGAGGUUGGGUCGUCGAGUUCCUUAUCCGGGUCCGAAACGGCGUCCCCAGCAAAGUCGGCUACGUCGCGUCUGGCUUCUGGGCCGGCCUCUUUCUCGGCCGCAUCCUCUUGGCCGACAUCACGAACAAGCUCGGAGAGCGCGCCAUGAUUUUCGCCUACAUCAUCAUCGGGCUCAUUCUGCAGCUCAUGUUUUGGUUUAUCCCCGACAUCAUCGCCAACGCUGUCGUGGUGAGCAUCUUGGGGUUCGUCAUCGGGCCAUUCUACCCGGCGGGCGUAUCCGUCAUUACGAGGCUGCUGCCCAAGGACAUGCACGUAGCAACUCUCGGCUUCUCGUCCAGCAUCGGCCAAGCUGGCUCGGCUGCUUUUCCCUUCCUAACUGGGGCCAUUGCUUCCAAGGCGGGCGUUGCGGUGUUGCAGCCCAUCAUUGUGGCGCUGUUGGUCGGAAUGUUUAUCCUCUGGGCAAUGAUGCCUGGUGUCUGGAGGCCAGUCAAAUAG